CCACACCGCGCGGAGCCGCCGGGUGAUAAUGUGACAAAAGAAGAGGAGACAUGGAGGAGAUCGACGGUCUCUGUGCCCCGGACUGCACCACCUCCUCCUCCACCUCCUCCUCCGCCGCCGCCGCCGCCACCUGCCCUCCGGGUACCGGUCAAUGAGAGGCAGCAACUGUAAAUCCUCCCUUGCUCUCUUUCUCCCCUCUUUCUCUUUCCCUUGCUUUUUCUCCCCCCCCUCUCCCUCUCUCUCCCCCUCUCUCUAUCACCCUCUCUUAAAAACACACUUGUCUUAUUUUAGCAUCUCUCCUUCCUUCUUCCUCCUCUUCCUUCUCUCCUCUCUUCUGAGUUUUGACUCCCUCUCUUCCCGCACACACAUUACUACACAAACACACACACACACACUGGAAAAUGAAGCGUGGGUCGAGUGUGUUGCCGCCUCCCUCCGAUGCAGCCAAACGACACACACACGCCGCAACCUCACAACGCGCGAGGACGCAGGCGGCCGGCGACGGCGCCCGCCAGCCGCACCGCGCCGAUCAGGCGCCGGACGCACGCGCCGCAGGUUCGAGUCCCUUCCCGGCGGCCACUUCGCUCUUCAGCCCGGAUGUCGGCACCAAGAUGGCGUCCGACCUCCUCAUCCGGCUGUCAGUUGACUCCCUCCCUCCCUCCGUCUCUUCAGAGGCGACCCAGAAGGCCCAGAUGCAUCCUGGGAGGCUGGCGGAGGCGGGGCCUCAGCGGAGCAAGGCCCGGCCGGAGGUGCGCGGCGGGCAGCAGGACGAGCCGGGCCUCGCUCUCUCGCCGGACGGCCCGGGGGCGAGUCCCGAGCCGCCGUCGCUCUCACACACACCCGACGGAAACGCCGCCACCGACACGCAGGCCUCAGAUCUGCUGAGGAAACUGGCAGAGCGUCAGGAAGUGAGCGUCCACGUGGUGAAGGUCAAAGAAGAAGAAGAGCCCAUGCAAGUCGACGCAUUGGUGACCUCUGACCUCUCCCGGGAUCGACCAAUCCCAAAGGAGAUGGCCUCGCCCCGCCUGAAGACGGCGGGCCACCGCGUCUUCAGCAUUAAAGCAGAAGACCAGGCGCUUAACAGCACAAAGGGGGCGGAGCAGCUCUACGCCAGUGACAAGAUGGCGGACGGGCGCCUCCGUGGCGUCAAGAUAGAGGACACGUUCCACGCCGGGCCAAAAGCGCCCCACGGCGUCGUCUCCGGGGACAACGGCGUCCAGUUCAGGGUGGCGAUGGAGGACCGCGGCGUCUCUGGGGUCAAGAUGGAGGAGCAGCUUCUCUUUCAAGCCAGAAUCGCAGAGCGAGCUUUCUCUGGCGCCAGCGACGCGGAGGAGCGGCCUCCCCCCCCCGGCGCCGCCGGGCCGGAGGACCACUUCCCCCCCGGAGCCAAGGUGGGCGACCAGUGCCUCAGGGCCGCGCUGUGGCAGGACAUGUCGGUGAACCUGGCGUCCACGCUGCUGCACCAGCUCUCAGAGCGAGUCGGCAAAGCCAACGCGGCGCGGCCGGAGGGGGGGACGGCGCCGCCCGCCGCCAGCAGCGCUGUGCUGAAGGUGGCUGUGGACACACUCUGCUCCUCCCCCCUGUGGAGCUCCCAAGAACCUCCUCACGAGACCCUCAGCAGGGCGCCGCCCCCCGGCUGCCUUUACUUCUACAGGUGCCACGUGUGCGGCUUUGAGACCGACGGCCGCAGCCUUUUCCAGAGUCACAUGACGGACCACCGCCAAUGGGAGCACGGCUCCUUCUCGCUGCACUGCUGCGUGUGCGACCACUCGACCAAUCAGGAGGCAGAGAUGAGGGCUCACGCCGUCACGCACGCGCAGGGCAGCGCGGCGCCGAGAUGCCCCGUCACCACUCCCGCCGCCUCCGGCAGCACACCGUCAGUUGCCGUGGCAACCCAGUUCCAGAACAGCACCUCGGAGCAUCGCUGCCGCAUCUGCCAGAGGUCGUUUCCAGGGCAACAGGAGCUGCAGGUCCACUUCCAGGGUCAUCGCCAAGGCAACCAGUACCGGUGCGACCGGUGCGGCCACCUGACGCGGACAGCCAACAAGCUGGUGGAGCACGUGCGCGUGCACACGGGCGAGCGCCCGUUCACCUGCGACCUUUGCCCCUACAGCGCCAAGCGGCGGGACAGUCUGCGCCUCCACUGCAAGGUCAAACACCCCGGCGACGUGCACACGCACCGCUCCUACGUGCACAGAGACAACCAGCGCGCCAACAAACACGUGCAGCGGCUGCACACGCCGCCCAACACACACCCUGCUGCAGCCUCCUCCUCCUCCUCCCUCCCUCCUCUUCAUCCCUCGCUCUGUGACCGGGCAGGGUGGAGGGAUCUGUCUCCUCUCCUCCCCAUCACCACGCUCAUCUCUCUGAAGCCACGCCCCCUUCCCUCCUCCUCCACCUCCCCCUCGCCUUCCUCCGCCAAACACUCCUUCCUCGGGUACCUUGGUCUGAAGGCGCCUUUGUAAAUGCUUUUUUUCUAUUCCUCCCCUCCUCGUCUCCUCGUCUCCUCGCCCUGCCUCCUCUACUUCUAUCCAUCCUCUGGACUCUUAAAGAGGAGGU